AUGUCCACCACAACCUGUUCCGCCCCAACAGUCCCACCGUCUCUCGCCCUCCAAGACCGUGUAGCCAUAGUCACAGGCUCAUCCCGUGGCAUUGGCAAAGCCAUAGCCAUCCAUUUGGCGUCACUGGGUGCAAAACUUGUUAUUAAUUACACUUCCAACAAGGAACAGGCUGAUCUUGUAGCAAAUGAAAUCAAUUCUUCCUGUGUUGACAAUACCCAACGAGCCAUAGUAGCUCAAGCUAAUGUUUCCGAUCCAGCCCAUGUCAAGUUUCUCUUUGAUGAGGCUGAAAGAGUCUUUGGUUCUCAACUUCAUGUCUUGGUUAACUGUGCUGGUGUUUCGGAUCCUAAAUAUCCUUCCAUUCCCAACACUUCCUUGGAGGAUUUCGAUCAUAUUUUCAGUGUCAACACUAGAGGCACAUUUUUGUGCUGCAAGGAAGCAGCGAACCGGCUGAAACGUGGUGGUGGUGGUCGAAUAAUAUCAUUAUCAUCAUCUAUGGUGGGUGGAUUGAGGCCUGGAUAUGGGGCAUAUGCAGCAUCAAAGGCAGCGGUGGAGACAAUGAUAAGGAUACUGGCAAAGGAAUUGAAGGGAACUGGGAUUACUGCAAAUUGUGUCGCACCGGGGCCUAUUGCAACAGAGAUGUAUUUUGCUGGAAAAACUGAGGAGAUGAUAAAGAAGAACAUAGAGGAGUCCCCACUAGGGCGGCUUGGUGAAACGAAGGAUGUUGCGCAGGUUGUUGGGUUUAUGGCUACUGAUGCUAGUGAGUGGAUAAAUGGGCAGGUAAUUCGGGCCAAUGGUGGUUAUGUAUAG